UUUCUAGAUAAUUUCCGGCAUACCCGUUAACCCCCCACAUAACUGACUGCCACCUUGAUGGCAAGCGGCAACAUCAUCCUACCACAGCUUUCGACAAUUGUGGGAUAAAAAAGCACACCCUCAUAGAUCGGAUAUCGUAAAAGCAUCUUCAGUGGCCGAUCGGAUCGGUGAUUCCUCUUGUUGGAUUUGUCCUUCGUGAGUUGUUGGAGUUUUGUUUUACGGUUUAGCUUACAAUUGAGGCGGGGAGAUUCAAUGAUCGCGAUCUUAGUGAGAAAGUAGAGGACCUUAAAUGGGCUUUUGGUAAGAGGGGAGUGAAUUGCAGGGAUUUGGUUGAAGAAAUCUUCUGGGUUGACUGUAACUGAAGAAUUCUUUUAGUGUAGAAGUGAAUAUUGAGUGCAUUUUGAAGCUUUUAUAUAAUCUUCAAAAUUUCAGUUUGAGGGAGCAAUAUUCAGGGUGUUGUCAAAUUUAAUGGAUGAAGCUUCAAAUGCUUUUCCUCCUUUCCUUGCGAAGACAUAUGAAAUGGUGGAUAACUCCUCAACCGACCCUAUCGUCUCUUGGAGUCAGAGCAACCGAAGUUUCAUUGUUUGGAACCCGCCAGAAUUUUCGAGAGAUCUCUUGCCCAGAUACUUCAAGCAUAACAACUUCUCCAGCUUUAUCAGACAGCUGAAUACUUAUGGAUUCAGGAAAGUUGAUCCUGAGCAAUGGGAGUUUGCAAAUGAUGACUUUGUUAGAGAUCAACCGCAACUUAUGAAGAACAUCCAGAGACGAAAACCGGUUCAUAGUCACUCUACACAUAAUCUUCAGGCCUCAUCUCCAUUGGAUGAAUCAGAAGGACAAGGGUACAAGGAUGAUAUCACAAAGCUGAAUCACGAAAAAGAGACGAUUCAGUUGGAACUUCAAAGACAUAAGCAGGAAAACCAGGGACUCGAGUUGCAAAUGCACGGGUUGACUGAACAGUUACAGCAUGUGGAACAGGGACAAAGGAGUAUGCUAUCCUCCUUAGCUGAACUGCUGGAUAAACCAGAGCUGGCGCUAAGUCUGUUUCCCCAAAUGGCAUUGCCUUAUAGAAAGAGACGGCUUACAGGAAGCAGUUACCUCUAUGCUGAGAGUGUCAUCAACAGUAAUCGACCAAUGGAAGACAUCAUCCAAAAUACUCUUCCUACCUUCAAGAAGGAGUUGUUAGAUCAAUUAGAGUCGUCUUUGAUAUUCUGGGAGAAUGUGUUUCAAGAUGUUGGUCAAAUGGUUCAGGUCCAUGAGAGUUCAAGAACUGAGUUGGAUGAAUCUACAAGUUGCUGUGCAGAUAGCCCCGCCACAUCAUACACACAGCUUGAUGACGAUGGCGGACCCAAGACUUCAGGAAUUGACAUGAAUGCUGAGCCAAACAGGAACCUGGUUUUGGAGGUGGGCCCACACCAAGAUCCUGAAACGGUACAACGGGUUGCUCCUAAGACACCCACAAGAGUAAAUGACUUGUUCUGGGAACAAUUCCUGACAGAGAAUCCUGGCUCAACUGAUGCUCCAGAGGUACAGUCAGAAAGGAAAGAUCUUGAUGGCAGAAAAGGUGAAAACAAAGCAGCCGGGCAAGGGAAGUUCUGGUGGAAACACUAGUGCAAAAAAGGCCUCUUGCAUCACCUUAUCUACAUAUGUUAUCUCAAAACACAUGUGAAUAACUGACAUGGCGUCUUUUUACCAUUUUUAUCAAAUCUUCUACAUUGAUUGUCUGUGGAGCCGAUGUUAAAAAAGAAACAGGGUAAAAUUUUAAAAUAAUGAAAGUUUAGUUUACAUCGGUUAAAACUCAUGUAGAAAAAAGGGGAAGAAAAAAAUUACGUGCGUAAUUCCAGAUCGAUUAUAACCUGGAUGGAUGUGAAGUUAUACGAAGGUACGAUUUGUUAGUCUGUGGAGUCCACCCAUACGUAAACCUAGCCAAACUUCAGGAAGAGGGAGCAUCGACCUGUUAUUCAAUCCUAGUGGCGUACUCUUGCUGCAAUUUAUGCGACAGUAAGGUAAACUUGCUCCGGCUUCCGCGUCGAUUGCAGGCCCCCACUUCAUUGCAGGCCCCCACUUCAUGCCUUCAUUGUCGGACAGCAUCGAGCGAGCAGAGGAGUAGGCUGGCGUUCCAGGAGCAUAGCGGUAGGACGCCGUUCGUGAGAGCAGAACAGUAGGACGUCGUUUGAGAGAGCACAGCGGAUCAGACGGCGUCAGUGGAGUUGUCCAGUGGUGUCUGUCCAGAGCAGCGAGUUUUCGCCUGGCCACGGUUCGAAUCAGAACCCUGAACCGAGCAUGAAGGUGUAACUGAGUAGUGUGGAAGUACUGCAAAUGGCCCUUUCGUUAUGAACGCUUUUGAAAUGAUUGCUUUGUCUCAAUGGUUGAUCCUGUCGCCAUUGUUUGACAGGUGCCAGGUACAUUGACAACUCAAGUUCAUGUCUUCUCAUCCUCUUUACUAUGUUUUUUCGUUGGGUAGUUUCCUCUGAUUGUUUUAUGCCAAAUGAAUCUUGGCAUUGACAUUUUGUCACAGAAGGUAGUUUAGCUGUAAUAGUUGAUUAAUAUGCAUUAGAGUUGAAGUUCUACCAACAUUAACUUUUAAUUUGCAUUUAUUUUCUACCUGCUUGAAGUAAAACCAGCCUUUGUUGUAUCUGGAAGAAGCUUACAUACUGCUAUUUCUUUUCUUUUCUUAACGAUUUUGUCAAGCGGCAAACCCGCUUUAUAUAACGUGAGCCUGCGAAAGUUAUCAUUUCUGCAAUCGAAGCAGCGGCAAGAUCCAUGGGACUAAAGGUCCAUUCAUCUAACUAUAGGACUCGGAUCGAAGGUGUAUCUGUGAACAAGGGCGUUCCAAGUCGCCUCAUUUCUGCAUAUGGUGGAUGUCCGUAAGGCAGCUGGGGACACGCUUGAAUAUCAGGGUUAGCUUGCUUUACUUUUUGAUCUUCAACCAUUGACUUUGGAAUUUCUUUUAAUGGAGAAAUUUUUCUUCUUAGACUUGAAAGUUUAUUUAUUUAUUUUUGAAGGAAGAACAUGCCUAUGUUAACUGUUGAGUUUGCUUUGCAGUUCUACAUGGACUUAUGUGAUAAAAUUGACCAUGUUCUACAGCGGAGCAAAUGCUGCUCCGCUGUUAUGAAAUUAUCUGUUCUGAUUCCAAGGCAUGAACUGAAUCACUUGACUAUGAGAUAACUGCUAAACAUAAACUUUGACCUGAUUACAUGGUAUUUAUCUACACCUGUACAGCUGUACUGAGUUAGAAAAUUAUAUUGUCCCUAUAGUUCCAAUUUCUUCAAUACUGGCAGCAUGUAAGCAGCUGCAAAGCUAAUAUGCUGUUUUACAAUUGACUGGCCAAUUCUUCAUUUUGGUGUACGGCAGAUUUAGUUCAAGUUUUUACAAUACAUAUGGAUUCUAUUAUUUGUACUUUAUAGUGUGAAAGCAGAAUCAAGAAAUUCUGUAAUGAAGACAGUGUGAUGCAAAGGAUUAGAAGCCGUAGAAGAGCCCAAAAUAAUUGGGGCAAGGCGAGUUAUUUGAUACUCCCUCCGUUUUAAUUCAUUGAUGUUUUAGCAUUUUGGUUCUGCAUGUUUUAUAUAAGAAAGUGAUCAUUUUUCUUGUAUAAUAAGUUGUAAUCUCAACGUAAUAAAUUAGGAAGAGGUAUGCUCAUAUGAAGGAAUUGCCUUUAUAGAGAGGAGCAACUCUAUAUAAAUAUAAACUAUUUAUAAAGGCAUUCAAUGAGAUUUGCUCCAAGUAAUAUUAUAUACCAACUUUUUAAAUUAAUUUGUAGAGAUUCGUGAAUAUGGAUCCAUUCUCGUAUGAAAAGAUUGAUGAAGUACCAACUCGUUAGGCAUCAUAUUUUAUUUACUAGCAAUGGCGUAUUCCUUAAAACACAGAUGAUGAGCGAAUUUGUUGAAGUUCUUUAGAUAUUCUGAGACUUAUAAUUUAUUUUUGGGAUAAG